CACAGCUGCUGGAGGAGGAGUGGAGGCACCCUGAGAUGUGAUCACUGUCUCUGUUCACCAUGAUAUUGUUCUCCACCCACAACAAGUCGGACACGACUAAACCAGAGGUGCUGUUUGAGUUCUCCAACCAGUCGACAUCAUUCUGUCACCACUUUAAGAACAGCCAGUGGUAUUGCUACAUCCUGCUGGUCAUCUUCACUUUCGCCCUUCCUGUGGGGAUCCUGGGAAACAUAGCAGCUAUAAUCAACUACUCCUUCAAGAAAGCUUCGAGCACCAGCCAUCUCUUCCUGUUCAACUUGGCCCUGUGCGACUCGGCCUGGAUCCUCACCCUCCCCUUCACCCUCUACUUCACCUUCCAGAGGCCGCACCUCAAUGACAUUCAGAUCUUCUGCCAGUUCAAGAGGAUCUCCUUCAACAUCAACAUAUACGGCAGCAUCCUCUUCCUCACUCUCAUCAGUUUCGAUCGCUACGUCGGGACGGUACACCCAAUCAGCUCUCUCCGCUGGUGGGAUGUGGGUAAAGCCAAGCUGUGCUCGGUCUGCGCAUGGAUCGCGCUGGUCCUGACUUCCAUUCCAGACUUAUUUGUGACUUUUGCUAUUCAGCGACCAGAAAACGUCACUGUGUGCAUGGACCACAUAAUGGGCCCUUUUAUUUACGUCAAGACAAUCACAAUUAUCCGAACAGUAAUAGGCUUCCUGCUACCAUUCGCCGUCCUGCUGGUGUUUUACAUAAUGACAGUUCGUGUUUUGAGGCGUCUCCCGAGGGGCAGAAGGCAAAGAGGAGCCCAGUGGACAGGAGGGAAGCCUCUGCGUCUCAUCACUGCUGCCAUACUGGUCUUUGUGGUUUCCUUUGUGCCGUACCACGUCAUGAUCAUCACCCUGGUGUUCAUGAGGAUCCAUAAGCAGAUCACAAUAUCGAACACCGGUGUCCUCUAUGCUUCCUAUGAGUUCUUUGAGGCCAUGUGCAGCGUUAGCAGCUGCCUGGACCCAGUGCUGUAUAUUGUGGCCAGUGAGCAGUUCCAGAGGAAGCUGCUGGCUUUGAAAAGACACCGAUACAAGAGGCUGUGCUGCAGAGCCAACAGGAGGGUUGGAGUCAUUGGGUGACUGAGUGGAUCCAAUGCAUGACUUCUUUGGCUAGUUAUCCUGCAUAUAUGUAUCAUGUGGCAGGUGUUAAUGGUACAACUAUCAUGGCCUAAAGUAGGCUGGUAAACUGCACCAUUAAAGAACUGGAAUGAAAAAUGUAAUUACUGUGCAAGAUAAAUUGC